UAGCCUCACGCAGAAAUGGGUGGGGUAAUGUGAUGUGUGCUUGAAGAGACAAGGUGAAGUCUUCUAUUAGUGUUACAUGCUCAGGCAAAGGACAGGCUUGAAUGGAAUAUUUUCUUCGAACGAAGAAGUCAACACAAGCCAAAGGAUUAGCCUCUUCUUGGAUAUAAUUGAUUAAACCACAAUGGAUACAGCCAGUGAUACAACAAAAAUCCUGGAGAAGGGUCCUGAGUACCUAAGAAAGCAAAUGGAGCUGGAGAGUGAGACGAAAGGACACAUGAGUGCUGUGGAGAGGCUCGCUGCCAGCAAACUGAAAUACGUCAAAAGCCUACAGGUGGUCAACUCCACUCAGGAGCCUGUGAUCAGCAUUGGAUCCGGUUCUGUGAGCAGCACUGGGUCUUCUAAUCGGAGCUCCAACCGUAGCGGGAAUUUUAACACCUCAAAUGCCUCAAUUGCAGCUACUUGUGGUUCACUUAACUCCUCACCGGUGCAGGUACGUCGGUCGAGCUCCAAAAAUCGACCAGACUCACUUCUAAUUUACAGACAGAAAUGUGAGUUACUGAGAGGGUCAGCAAACAGUAGAAAACACCGUAGAACAUUCAAGCUGCAGCAGAAAAAUUUUCCUUUACCAGAGGCAUCAGAUAAAGAGACUGAAGGUGGGGUCACAGUGAAAAUCACCACACCUGAGGGAACAGCAAAGGAAUGCAGCUCUCAUACAGAUGUGAGGAGGAGAAACGGAGAAGGAGAACAACAAUGUUCAGGAAACAGUGAUUCUUGGACAAAGGUGACUGGUGGGAACAAAUCUGCUGUUCUGCUUGCGGUUCCUGAGGUUGAAAGGAGGCCUGGAAAAGGGGUCAGUCGAUCACACUCCGACAUCAGCUCCAGGUACUCCAAAAACUUUGCAGACUUUGAUGCUUUUUUCAAGUACUGCGGGCUGGACGGUGAGGUCAUCGAGUCUUUGGGUAAGAAGAACUUCUCCUGUCACUCCGACGAAAUAUCUAUAACCAUCCGUAGUGCCAGUGUCUCUACAGACGACGGGACUUUCUCCAGGCACAGCGGUGGCAGCGACGGGCUGCAGAAGGAUGAGUUACAAGAAAAGAUACAUCAGGGGACGUCGGUUAUUGAGCGCAAUGCACGGAUUAUCAAGUGGCUAUACAGCUGCAAAAAUGCCAGUGAGACUGGGAAAAAGUUAAGAGAUCUGGAUUGAGAUUAUCAAUCUUUUUUCUACAGAGGCCACAUAAGCAAAAACUAUUGUUUCUGAAUGACAAAAGCUAAUGCAAUUUUACGCUUAAAAUGUUGCAUGUGUCUGUGUGUCUAUGGGCAUAUAUCAUUGUUUUAUUUGUAUGUGAGCGCCAAUAUCAGCACACACCUGUUAGAAGAAAGUCAGAUUUAGCAUCUUUGCUUUUGUUCAAACUUCAAUAGCUGUCAAACAUACAGCAAAAAAACCCCAAUUAAUUUCAUUUUAUUCUCGUAGUGUUAUCUUGUCACGUGCAAUGACACACAGAUUUGUCACACAGCUGCAGGUCGAAGGUCAAAACUAUGUGCGUAUUUGCACACUUGGAUACAUUUCAAUAGCAGCAGUGAUAUUAACUAACAUGAGUUAGUGGCAAAAAAUACAGCCACAAUGAUAACUAAUAAAAAAAAAAAAACACAUUCAUUUUCAAUUUAUGGUACAUUUAUUAUUAUUUUUUCUGUUUUGUUUUUUUGGUCCAGAUCCUGCAUGAUAGUUGAUGAAAAAUAUUUUUUUAAACUGGCAACCAAAAGAUUUGUUGUUAAUUAGUCUUACAACAGACCUAUGAAACAUGUAUACAUAAUCUGUCAUCACUUUAAAAACGACUUGCUAUGUAUGAAACAGUCAUAAAAGGUAGUAUUAAUAGAGAGUGCAAUUCUAGAUGAAGGUCUACAGCACGUGCGAUAACAUAAAAAUUCAUUCUGAAAAAUAAAUUCAGCAGGAAAUGGGGCCAGUAAAAACAUGAAAUAUGCGACCUGUCUUUUUAAUCCAAUGAGUGUAGUUCUCUUCACGUGAAAGGUAAACAUUCCAUCAUAGACACACACACACACACAAACAAAUAUUCACAGUUACUUUAACUGUUACUGAAAAAGUGUAAGUGAGAAGAAUCUGGCCCUCCCAAAUUGUGGUUCCAAGAUUUGCAUUAAGAGUAAAAGAAAAUAUUUCUAAAGCAAUCAGAUUUAACUACAGCCAGACACAAACACUUAUAAGUUGUGGUUAUUUUCCAGCCAAAGAAUCAUGUUCGCACAGUUUUGUGUGAGAGGAAUGUACUUAAUAAUCUGAUAGGCUUAAAUCCAGUGACCUGUGUAACUGUAUCUCCACUUCCCUCCCAAUCUGUGUCUGUGUUUUCUCCUCUCCACUCUCUCCCUUUUGUCUUUUAGCCAAACUUUCUUUACAGAUCAAAGCUGUGAGGCUGUAACAUGAGCGAGGGAAAAAUCAAAUGACAGACUGAUCCAAUUAUAACCCAUUCUGUUUCUCUCACACACAUGCAGCAAUAAACAAUAUAUAUAUAUGAGCAGUUGUACCGCUCAGCAGCACUGUGGAAGACACACAUUCCAUUUCUCCUGAGGCCUGACUGCCUAAUUCAAUUCCAAGCAAGUCAUGUCCUGCCUUCUCUACAUGUGCUGCCAGAACUUGCUCAGAUGUUGCUAUCAGGUUGUGUUUCAGUAAGGAUCUAAAUUGCACUUUUCUUCAGUAGAAUAAUAGUAGGCUAUGCGUUUCAAUCUACAGAUAUGUAUCGAAAUUGCAUGACAUGUGAAUACUGGCUAAAAAUUUCAGAAACUUACAAUUCUGAAGGCUUUUAAGUGCCUUUGUUAUUGUACUUUGAACAUAUAAACCUGUGGAUCUGGUAGGAAGAUGUGCGCUCAGAUUUUACUGUAAAAGCUUUGGCAGAUGUAAAUGAAACACUGUUCUAUGGGUUUGGUGCUGACAUGUGCAUCAUCUUAUACUGGAGUAUUUGCGAAAAAUGCUACACAAAUAAAGUGGUUGAUAAUUGUU